GUUGUUGAUCGAUAUCCACCAUCAUUGGGUGGACUUGCCGCUGGCCCUGUGUCGGCGGUAUUCCCCCUGCCAUAAGUCUUCUCAGCAAUAUUGCUGGUAUCAAACUCUCAAGGUGGUGCUUCGUCCUGAUAGUCCUACAAUCAUCCUACAGCGCCCUUUUCUGAGUCCCUCAUGGCGUCCACCGAACUAGCUACGGAGCGUGCUCUGUAUAUUGUGAAUACCAUUGGCUACGUCAUUUAUGGAGGAAUCCUAUUUCUAUAUGCCUAUUCUACCUACCGGACUAUGGCCUCAAGGCGUCCAAUGCCGCGCAGGCUAUUCUACAUAAGUUUUGGAGGCCUUCUCGUGAUCCUUUUGACAGUCAGCGGCCCAACUAAUGCCGUCUUCUGCGAAUCAAUGUGGAUAGACCCUGUGACAGACUCUGCCGCAAAUAUUCUGAUAGACGGACUCACACUUUAUCGUUGUUCCAUCAUUUGGGGCUCAAGGUUGCAAAUAAUUCUUUUAUUUUUCAUCUUCUUCUUCUUGUUUAUUGUCCGUUAGGGCGAGGCCCUAUAGUAGACAGUAUGUACUGUAAAUAACGUGUCCGGGAUGUUUGUUGUACACAUGAUGAUAACUGUAGUAAUGGUUCAGGCUGGG